AUGGGGCCGAAUGUCUUUAUGGGCAGUGUUACAGCAAUGACUGUUUUCUUUCCUCUUGACACAGCCCGGCUCAGGCUGCAAGUUGAUGAUAAGCGUAAAACGAAAUCUUCUCCAGCCAUUCUGUCAGAGAUCAUCAAGGAGGAGGGUCUGUUAGCUCCAUAUAGAGGCUGGUUUCCAGUGAUCUGCAGCCUCUGUUGCUCAAACUUUGUCUACUUCUAUUGUUUCCAUAGUCUGAAGGCCACCUGGCUGCAAGGUCAGAGGUCAACACCAGGGCGAGACCUAAUAAUUGGCAUUGCUGCAGGUGUAGUGAAUGUUCUUGUGACCACUCCACUCUGGGUAGUCAAUACCAGACUGAAACUGCAAGGGGCGAAAUUCAGAAAUGAAGACAUACAGCCCACACACUACAAAGGAAUUACUGAUGCGUUUGUACAGAUCAUGCAGCAGGAAGGAGUGGGUGCGUUAUGGAACGGGACGUUUCCCUCCCUGCUGCUGGUGCUCAAUCCAGCUGUGCAGUUCAUGAUCUAUGAGGGUCUGAAGAGGCAGCUCAUGACGGGCGUCCACAGAGAG